CAUAAGUAUAACCAUAAUACAGCAAUUCAGCAAUUAUGUUUUGUUUGGUUUAGUUCUUGUAAUGCAAUCUCAACAUUUUUGUAAAACGAACAAACUUUGUUGAAGAUUGAUAACAUAUUUUUUUUGAGAUUAUUGGAUGUAGUCAGGUUUGUGUAAGUGUUUUAUUUUAGUUUAUUCUGUAUAUUGGAAGAGAUACAAUGGAGCGCAACCAUAAUCGAGGAUUUGAUCCUGAUUCAGAACUGGAGUCUCAGUUUAUAUUGAGAUUACCAAUGGAGCCAGCAAAAGUUCUUCGCGAAGCCAUUAGAAAUAAUAGCACUUUAAAAGAUAUAAUCUCUUUAAAAAUUGAUAAUGACCUUCGACAUGGGGAAGUAAGAGUUGACCAAUGGCUCAUGAUUGCCAAAGUUGUUGAUUUGCCAACUGUAGUUGAGUCAUUGAAAACAAUUGAUGGAAAAGGUUUCUAUAAAACGGCUGAUAUCUGUCAGAUGCUGUUAUGUCGUCAUGAGGAUGACCAAGUGACUGAUGAAGAUUCUCCUCAAAAAACUAAGAAGAAGGACUCAUUAAAGGUGGAGAAGAAAUAUCUAUGGCCUCAUGGUAUUACACCACCAACAAAGAAUGUUAGGAGGAGAAGAUUCAGGAAAACAUUAAAAAAGAAGUAUGUCGAAGCUCCAGAGAUUGAAAAAGAAGUGAAAAGGCUUCUUAGAAUAGAUAAUGAUGCUGUGAGUGUGAAAUGGGAAGUCUUAAAUGAAGAUGAUGACAAUAAAGUCAAUAAAGGAACUGUGAUUAAGAAGGAACCAAUUGAUCCAAACCCCAAUGUUGCUGAACAUGAUAUAUUUGGAGGAGCAGUGAGUGAUUCUGAGGAAGAGGAUGCCACUUUGCAUGUAUUGGAAUUGGACGAGACAAGCCAGAAUUCUGCUGAAGACAGUCAUCUAACAGAUUCAAACUCAGUUAUGAACAACACUGUUGACUCCAAGAUACUGACCGAAUUUUCGACAGAUAUGUUUAAUUCAAUGGACAUAUCACCACUACAAGACUUAGAUUAUUAUCAGCCCCAGUCAUCUAGUGUCUGUUAUUCUUCAAUGAAUUUGUCUAGAGCGAAUAUUGAAACGAGAUUGGAAGAGGUCCAGGGAGAGAUUGCAACAAUCAAAAAUAGAUUGGCACAGCAUGAAUCUGAAAUUGAGAACAUCGAGAACCACUCAUUGAGGCAAAGGUUCCAAGAGAUAUCUAGUCGCCUAUACCAAGAACAAUCUGACAAGGAACGCGAACAAGUCGAACUGAACGAGCUUUUAAAGCAGAUCAUAUAAAUAUUUUCUUUUAUUUUUCUACAUCUUGUUCAUUUUGAUCAUGUACUUAUUUUUAUUAUAUAUUACAUUGUUUUCCAUUCUACAUUUUUUUUCGAACUGCUAUCUCACGUUCGUACAUCGAUAGGAAACCUAUGUAAGUUCGAUGUUUAGAUUUUUUAAGAAAACUUAUAUUUACAAUUUGAAAUGAACUUCUAGCAAGU